UUAACCAAGAUGGCUUCCUCAAGCCAAAACUGUCACAGAAAGGCAAACAGAAUCAAGAAAAAACUAUGAUAUCCAAAAUGAAUAUAUCAGAAAGGUGGUCUACCGCCUCCUCUGAUAGUGACCUUUCUUCGAUAUUUUACUCAGGAGAUAGCCAGUGCCGUGGCUACAGGGCUAAAGAUAUUUACGACCUACUGCUCCAGCAAAUUGCGUUUUUAUCAGGAGGAGUGGAUCGGCGAGGAGGUCGAAUCAUUACUUUUCCGGCCGAAUCUUUUUUGAAAGACGUUCUAGACGAAGAGCACAUAGGAAAAGUUCUGUGGUACCUCGCGAACAUACCAAGUGAAAAUGARGUCCAGCUUGGGUUCACCAUCAUUCUGGAUAUGCGAGGAUGUACAUGGUCAGCAGCCAAGCCUGUGCUGAAAUCACUGCAGGAAUCAUUUCCAAGCAAGAUUCAAGCUGUGUAUAUCAUAAAACCUGAAGGAUUUUGGGAAAGACACAAAACUACCUUAAAGACAUCUAAACUGACCUUUGAGACCAAUCUUAUUUCAAUUGAUGGCCUCUCGAAGUUUAUUGACCAAAGUCAAUUGACUGUGAACUUGGGCGGAACACUGAARUAUGACCAUUCGUCUUGGGUCAACAUGCGGCUGGUACUGGAAAAAUUUCUUUUUGAGGCCACAGCUCUCCUUUCAAAACUAGAGGAAAUUCAAGAAGGCUUAUCAAAGGAUGAGUUUUCAGACACAAUAGAUGGCUUAAAGGAACAAAUCAAGGAGAAUCACCAUCURAAGAAGUGGAUUGUCAAGGCACCAAUAGAAGUGCUACAGGAGGAGGGUGAUAGAAUACUAAGUAAUGUAAAAAACCCAACAAAUGGACAUCUUGUUGAAGGGUUCACUUCUGAGGAUUUUAAGAAAGCAGAGCAACAGGUGAAAAGUUUAAUUGAGGGAUUAAUUCUAAAGAGACAAAAGUUACGUGAAUUAUGGAAUUUAAGAAAACGAAAACUGGAUCAGUGCUUGCAGUACAGAAUAUUUCAUCAAGAUGCAGAAAAGAUGCUAAAUUGGAUUAAAGAGAAUCGACAAGAGUUUUUAUUGAAUUACUCAGAAAUUGGUCAYGAUAGUAUAACAGCAGAGGAGCUUGAAGAGGAGCAUAGGAAUUUUGAAAGUAGCUGCAUGAAUGUUUAUGGUAACAUUCAUCGUGUGCUGGAGAUAGCAGAUAAGCUGAGCGAAGGCGGCCAUUAUGAAGCGGACAGGAUCGAGGUCAUAGCCAGCUCAGUGGAUUCCGAGUGGAAGUCGUUUGACAUGGAAGUGAACCAGAGAAGCUCGCUGCUAUCUUGUUCCGUGGCAUAUCAUCACCACAGUGAAGAGUUUCUUCGAAAGGUUAAAGUGUGGAAAAAUUAUUUAGAAAAUUCGCAGCUUGGAAAAGAAAAAAAUGUAAAUAAAGUGGAAGAAACAGUGGAGGAGUUGGAUAGAAUAAGGCAAGAAAUCCAAGACAGUUUUCACACCGUUAGUAUGGACAGCAAAGCGUUGUUAGGAGAACUUCAAAAACCUACAAUAGCUUGUGAUGACCAAUUUCUAAAAUCUCCAGAGUAUUCCGAGGCAUCUUCACACGUUAUGGAUAUUUAUUUGGAAGUUCAUGAACACCAUCGACAAUUGGGAAUUUUAUGGGAAAAACAGAGAACUCGAUUACGUGAUCAUUUACAUUUGUGUAUGUUUGACCAGGACAGCAGUCAGGUAAUACGAUGGAUCGAAGAACACGGAGAAACCUUUUUGAAAAAACACACUGGUGUAGGAAAAUCCCUUGUCAAAGCUGAGGCUUUACUUCGACGGCAUGAGGAGUUUGAGAACAUAGCGCAGAACACGUACACUAAUGCCGCCAAACUUCUAGAAGCAGCAAGGCAGCUCGCACAAUCAGGAGAGUGCAACCCCGAAGAAAUAAGAAAGAGAGUGGAUUACUUCGAAAAACGUGUUCAGGAGUUUAUUGGCAGGGUCAAUAGACGGAAAGGGCUGUUGAAAUUGGCUGUCAACUUCUAUUCUAGGACCCAGAAGCUAACCGAACUGGUCGAGCAGCUGAAGGCACAAUUAGAGCUUGAAGAAGUUUCCGAUAAUCCUGAUAAUAUCGCGACUGUUCUAACAAAUCUCAAACAUCAAGGAGAAGCCACUCUAGACUCGAUUCACACAGCAAUCGACGAGGGAGAAACAAUUGUUGAGGAACUUAAACUUGCUAGUGCCGAUGGCGUGGACUCUAGCUCCUUACACCAUGUCGAAAAAGUUAUUAAAGAACUGGAUAGGGUACGUCGUGCUAUCGAACACUCAUGGUCACGACGGAGACAACAGCUUGAAUUAUGGCUGCAGCUAAGAGAAUUUGAACGGGCUGCUAAACAGCUUAAAGAUCGACUGGAGUCAUGUGAGGAAUUACUCGAUAAAAACGUGGUUGCUAUUGACUURCCAAAAGCAAAGCAAGCCUUGGCACAUCAUGAAAACAGCAUUAAGGACAUUGAAAAUGCGGCUCUAACGACCUUUUGUAGGGGAGAGGAACUUAUUGAUUACCUGAAGCAGUCUGAGAUAGAGCUGCGAGUUAGAGACCCGUUAACAACUGAAAAUAUAGACGCUCAAACGCAUAUAUAUAAUUUGUUAGAAGUCUUGCACCGGAAACGCAGGGAUCUGCGAGACUCAGCAGAAGAAAAGAAAAUCAAGUUAGAGCAGAUUUUACUUCUCAGGCAAUUGGAAAGUGAUGCUAAACAGGUAAUUGGCUGGGUUCGUAAUGGAGAGGCCAUGCUUAACGCUUCUACUGAUCUGGGCAGCUCACUUGUAGAGGCAGAAGCGUUAUUGAGAGAACAUGAAGAGUUUCAACGAGCAAUCGAGAAAACUUGCCAAAGUGCUAACGAGGUUCGUCAACGUGCAGACAAAUUGAUUAAAGAUGGCCAUUUCGAUCCUGAGGCUAUCUGGAAAUGUGCAGAAGGGAUGACACAGAGAUGGCAAACMUUAAUGGAGAAAGCAGAGACGAGAAAAGCUAUAACUACUGCUUCUUUUGACUUCUUUACUGCAGCAGAGCAGGUUGGUUCGUUAAUGGACAGACUCCUACGCGAUUACAAACAAGAAGAAGGAGAUCCCUGCAGCAAACUCAUUGAAACGGAAACACUUAAACGACUUGAGGCCAUGAAAGCCAUCAUUCAAAGCUAUGACGAGGAUCGGGAGUCUAUAGUACAUGGAUUUGGUGAAGUCAAAUACACUGCUGAUAAAUACAUUAGUAUGAUCAUAUCUAACGUAGAGGGCGUUGAGAAUCAAGUAAAGGACGUAAUGGAUCAGCUUAAGCUAGAAGAACAAUUGGUAAUGGAACAAUGGGGGGUGAGAAAGACCGUGGCUGAACAUUGCGUACAAUACUUAGAACUAGAACAGUCGGCUAACGAGGCAUUAGAAUGGAUUCAUGAGAAUGGCGAGUUCUAUCUUUCAUCGCACACUACAGAAGGCGAGAACGAGGCAGAGACGAGACGGUUGCUCAAAGAACACCAUGAGUUUAAGGAAGCAGCCGAGGAGAUUCGUGAAAAAGUACGACAAAUGCUACAACAGGCCGAGUGUUUAAUUACCAAGACUUGCUACCAUGGAGACGGUAUUAGACAAUGGGCCACAGCUGUCGAGAAAAGAUACAAGGACUUCUCUAGUCGUAUGAAUAAAUACCGCGUAAGAUUGGAGACUAAGCUUGGCUAUCCCACCAUCGACCAAGACGAUGACAAUGAAUGGCCAAGCCUGCAGUCGCUUCAGACUCAACCUCACGAGCAACAGGCGUUUGCUCUCAGAGAAACAUCCAAAGAUAGUGGAAUCCAUGAAAUGACAGAAGAGAAACGGAGGUCUGCCAAGAGGAAAGAAUUUAUUAUGAACGAGUUACUUCAAACAGAAAGAAUUUAUGUUGCAGACCUCAAGUGUGUCAUAGAUAAUUACCUGAGUGCAAUGGAAACCAGUCCCGACGUACCCCAAGGACUCGUAGGCAAAGACAAUGUGRUUUUUGGCAAUAUACAAGAAAUCUUUAAUUUCCACAACGAUACAUUCUUGCAAGAACUAGAAAAAUACGAAACUAACCCCGAAGAUGUGGGAGAGGCUUUUAUCGAAUGGGGCGAAACGUUUGUCACAAUGUACGUGGCCUACUGUAAAAACAAACCCUUUUCCAACUCACUGCUCAUCGAACAUGGAGGAAACUUUUUCUCGGAUUUACAAGCUUCCUACGGUCAUGGACUCUCAAUAUCAGCCUACUUAAUCAAACCAGUACAAAGGAUUACUAAAUAUCAGCUCCUAUUAAAGGAUUUAUUGACGUGUUGUGAAAUAUCAGAGAACAGCUUACAGUCUGGCCUUGAUGUUAUGCUGAGCGUACCUAGAAGAGCCAAUGAUGCAAUGUAUGUAAACAUGUUACAUGGGUUAGAUGAAAAUCUGGACAAUUUUGGAAGAAUAAUACUUCAGGAUGCAUUCUUGGUCUUCGAUCCCAAACUGCUGCGACGAAAAGGCAAAGAUCGACAUGUGUUUUUAUUCGAACAGGCCUUGAUUUUCAGCAAGGAAACCAAAGACAAUGAUGGCAAAGUCACGUAUCUCUAUAAAUAUAAGUUAAAGACGUCAGAGUUGGGCAUAACUGAACAUAUCGCAGAAGACCCGUGCAAGUUUGCUGUGUGGACAGGAAAACCACCACAGUCCGAGGAUAAACGAAUAAUCAAGGCUGCCAACAUUGAAGUCAAACAGCUUUGGGUCAAGGAACUGCGAGAACUCAUCCAACAAUUCCAGUUUGGUAUUCUGAAGGAAAGAAGCAAUUCUAUGAUGAGUUCCACUGGUUCAGUCAGCUCCAUAAAUACAUCGAUCGUCUCGACUUCUGGAAAAAGUAGAGAAGAUAAAGCCGCUGAUAGGGAAAGUGGUGUCAUCGAAGAUGAUAAUAUAUCUGGAGAAUACGAUCUUUCGGAAGGUGGGAAGGUAUUGGAAUAUGUUCAAGAUGGAGUCUGGCUUGUUACAGAAAGCUACAAGGCCUGCAACGACGAAGAAAUAUCCCUCAAGAAGGGACAGCAUGUAGAAGUGCUGGUCAAAACACAUGGCAGUUCAAGAUGGAGGGUUCGUGUGGUCAACAACGAUGGAACUGUUCCCGCAGAAGGAUGGGUUCCUUACACCUCGCUUCGAAAAGCUGAUGACAGAGAAAACAGAAGAAAACGAAACUCGGACAUUUCACAUUCCAGCAGUGAAGAUUCAGUGUCAGUAUCAUCUUCAGAGAGUCCUACUGCAUCAUGGUACUCGGGGGCACCUCAGAAUGGAAAUGGGGGCUCUCCCCCUGUUAGACGUCGCUCAAAAAGUUCAGCACAAUUCGGUUCUCUUCGWAUGCGAUCGUGGAGUAGAAAUUCGAUGAAGAAGAUUAUCAAUAAACCAGGACAACCUCCGUCACCAGGACCGAAUCCAGCUCGAUCUAAGAAGAUCUCUGGUGGAGGAUCCAAAAAACUCCAACAGAUGCUAGGAGCAAGUGAAAGUGAUAUCGACCUGCUGUUGCGUCCAGCAGAAAUCGUACAUACCACAUCACAGAGGAGUAUACCAGAAGAAUGUUCCGAGGAAUUACUUCGUGAACAAGAUGCAUAUGACACAAGCAAAGGGGUCAACGAAAUCAAGAUUUACCCUGUCAGCGAUGACGAGGAUGAAGAAGAAUUUGAUGAUGAUUCAUUUCAUGGUGAGCGAGGACAAGGGGAAGGACAGGAGGAAAAGGAAUCGUGUCACGAUGAAGAAAGCCAAGACGAUACAGAUACACUGGGAAAAAAGAAGAAAGAAGACCCUGAAGCCAUAGCACUAAAAAAGAGAACGUUUGUCUUGAAGGAACUUAUUCAAACAGAGCAGGACUACGUUGUUAGUCUGGGAGAGGCCGUUGAUGGUUACGCUGCGGAAUUCAGUAAGCCUGAUUUACCUGACGAACUAAAAGGCAAAGAAAGGACUGUCUUUGGAAACAUAAAACAAAUCUAUGAAUGGCACAAAACCGUGUUUUGUAAAGAACUGGAAAAAUGUGAAGAUGCCCCAGAGAAACUUGCCUCUGUGUUUUUGAAGGCUGAGCGAAGGCUACAAAUGUAUGUCAUCUAUUGUCAAAACAAGCCCAAGUCUACAGCACUUGUUCACGAAUUCAAGGAUAACUACUUUGCCGAUAUGAAAGAACAACUUAGUUACAGGUUUUCGAUUGAGGAUUACCUCAUUAAACCUGUUCAACGUAUAAUGAAAUAUCAGUUGCUAUUGAAAGAUUUUGUUAAAUAUACUGAGAAAGCUGGACUAGAUAUUGUUGAACUCAAGAAAGCCCUUCAGUUAAUGCAUGUGGUUCCUAAAAAGGCUAAUGAUAUGAUGAAUGUUGGAAUGCUUGAAGGAUAUACGGGCAAAAUAACCGCUCAAGGAAAUCUCAUUAUGCAGGACACGCUCCUUGUGGCAGACGUCAAAAACAAAUCCAAGGUCGUCAAAAGGCGUGUGUUUCUUUUUGAACAACUCGUGAUUUUUAGCGAACCUUUUGAGAGGAAGAAGGACUGGACAGUGUACAUUUAUAGGCACAGUAUUAAGACCAAUCACAUGGGUCAUACUGAUGGAGUUGAUGAUGAUCCUUGUAAGUUUGCUAUUUGGACAAGCGAAGGUAAUGAGUCCGAGAUCUUUAUCAUGACUGCUAGCUCAGAAGAAGCAAAGAACGACUGGGUUAAUGUUCUUAAUAAUCUCCUGGAAUCACAAAAUGCUUUUGCUAUGGCAAUACCGGAAGAGGUUCGUCAAGCUGUUAAAGAAUGGAAUGAAGCCUUGGAAAGACCAAUCGAGUAUCAAAACCAAAUGGAACGUAAGAAGAACGAACCAAUCCCUGCCUUUCCCAUUGGGCCUGUAACGACAAAAGGUCAGGUGACUCCAGGAUCAACUACUACUACCAYUACUUCAUCUUCUCAUCCAGCAUUAAAUCAUCGAGCGUUCAGUUUUCCAGAUACUGGCUCACUUAUUAGACAGCCAGAGUCUGGUAGCAGCCCAGCCACAUCACAAAACCAAGGAGCGGCAUCAUCACUUGUCAAACAUGUGAAUCUGAUAGAUCUGGAGACAGCAAAAUCACUAGACGAACUCACUUCACCCUUCCCCUCACAGUCGAGAAACCGAGAUAGGUACAUUGUGACAGAGGAUUUCAAGGGCAAAGAUAAAAACCAUUUGUCAGUCAAAAAGGGAGAAAUAGUCUACCUGGUAUCUAACAAGAAAGAUGAUAAAAACUGGAUGUACGUGUAUACUAGCACGGUUGAUAAACUUGGCCUAGUUCCUUCCAAGAUACUAUUGAAAAAGUCCGAGUCAAAUAAUAACAUAAGUGACGAACUUGAGAUAUCAAAUCUAACCAAAAGCUCAUCACUUCCUCGCAAGAAAACAGCGAGAUACGCGAGUUUCUCAAAUGAAGCGGAAAAACUGCGAAGGGGCACAACCAGGAAAAGCUGCGAGGAAUAUUUGGGAACAAUGUCUGAAAAAUUGAAGAAAAAUAUUGACAAAUUUAAAGUCGAAGUAGAACCAUCAUCGUCUAGUUGUCCUUCUAGUCCAUCUAAGGGUCGCUUUCAGUCACCUGAGGAAGAUGCUCCUUUAAGAUUCAUCGAACCACUUCAAAACUGUAGUAUCAUUAGCACAGUGCCCGCUCACCUCACCUGUAUAUUAAUGCCUUCCGAACUGCCUUACAAGAUUUCAUGGAAAAGAAAUACAAGCCCUAUCACUAAUGGCGAAAAAUAUAAAAUAUCUAGAAAUGGCGAUGUACAAACACUAGAAAUCACGUCUUUGAACGUUGCUGAUARUGGAGAGUACACUUGUGUUGCUACUUGUAUAUUAGGAGCAAUUAGUUGUUCAUCAACAGUUACUGUAUUAGGUGUUCCAGAGSCACCCUCAAAACCUCGGGUAAUAGAAAAGAUGACAACAUCCCUUCUACUAGCAUGGGACCCAAAUCCUCUCAAUGGUGGAAAGGAAGUGACCGCAUACACAGUCGAAUACAAAGAGACGGGUGUCAGUGUCUGGCAAGCUGCUGUGCCGUUUGUAGCAGGCGUAUCAACCCUCAUAGAUGAUUUAACUCCAGGAGCAACUUACCAAUUUCGUGUCAGCGCUAAUAACUCGAUAGGAAUUAGUCGACCAAGUGAACAUUCUGACAUUGUUUUACUUGAACAGGACAACGAUUUCAUUACAGAUCUGGCCAAAACCACAGUUCGCCAACCCAAAGCAUGUGAUAUUACAUGGAAAAAUGAUAUCGACACACACUAUAAUAUAUAUGCCGAGCUUGGCAGAGGACGAUACUCCGUGGUAAAGAAGUGCGUAGAGAAAGUAACAGGAAAAGAAAGUGCAGCAAAGUUGAUAAAGAAAAGACUUACGUCUUUAGAAGACGUAGAACGAGAGGUCAAUAUCCUUAAGAAACUCAAACAUCCACAUCUGUGCUCGUUUAUUGAUACCUAUGAUACGCCUAAGAACUACCUGAUAGUCUUGGGACUUCUGUCUGGCGGUCGACUGUUUGAUCAUCUUGUUGUGAUGGAUAACCUAACAGAAAAAGCAUCUAUUGGUUACAUUCAUGAAAUCCUAGAGGGAGUACAGCACUUACAUGAUUUGAAUAUCGUUCACCUCGACUUGAAGCCUCAAAAUUUUCUUUUGGAUGGCGGACCCUUAUCAAAAGUCAAAAUUAUCGACUUUGGAAGUGCCAGAGAGCYGACGGGACAACCAACCACAUACUCUAUCUGUGGCAGCCCUGAAUUUUCAGCGCCAGAGCUAAUUAACGGCGAGCCAGUAACCUAUAAAAUGGAUAUGUGGAGCAUUGGUGUUGUUACCUAUGUCAUGUUAUCCGGUGUUUCUCCUUACCAGGGAGACACAACAGACGAUACUUGUGAUAGAAUAAGGAGACAGCCAGUAGAAUUUCCCGACAAGUAUUUCAGCCCGAUAUCGGUACAUGCUCAAAAUUUUAUCCGUGCUCUUCUUUUACAAGACGCUACAGCAAGAGCCGAUUGUCAAGAUUCCUUACGAUCUUCCUGGAUACGUAUGAUGAGUCCUCGUCCUCCAAGCCCUGUACGAACAAUAAAAUUAAAUACAUCAAGGCUUGCUGCAUUUAACGCCAGGAGAAGAAAUCAACAUGAUCUGUGUCCGCUUUCACCAAGCCGAUCRAGAUCGAACAAAAGAUCAAGCGCAGAGCCAGAUUCAAUUUAGUUUUAAAAUUCUACUCAUCAGGCUGCUUAUUUUAACAGCUUUCACUGAUGUGGGCCUGCUUUCACUCAAAGCGGUGAAAGACGACGAAUUAGCRGUGUACGCCACCCAUUUCACACUCUACAAACACUAGAGAACACUAAAAUCCUUCAUAAGCUUGUACUAAUUAUUGCUACUGAUUGUUAAUCAUUAUAAGUAUUAGCAUGCCUUGACGGUAAUUAAUGAUGGCAAUCGAACUAAGUGGAGUGCAAUUUGGUCAGAAAUCAUACGAGUUAUUACAAAAUUCACGACGUUUGUAAUCACGAAUUUCAUUUCCUACCAAAAUUGCACGACACGAAGUUCAAUCACCAAUCAAUUAUAUCCAAUUUGUAAUUUUCUUGAUAAAUACAAACUAGACAAUGUUUUUUAAGCUAAACCAGCUAAACCACCUUCCUAGCCAAACGCAUUACYGUCGAUCCAAGCAUGCUGUCAGGAAACUGAACUAGUAUUCUGACCGAGCAAUUCUUAUUUAAAAUAGAUAUAUAGAUAGUUUAGAGUAAAGUCAUUAAACUCGUGAUAUAGAUAUUAGACUAAUACACGUUGACUACUAUUUUUAAUUUCGUUAUAAAUAGCAUACUUGGCAACUAAGGCUGAAUCGCGUAUAAUUUGCAAUACGUAUACGUAUACAUACCCUUACUUGCGUUAGGGUUUCUAACCCCGACUUGCGCUAGAGUUUCUAACCCGGACAUGCAAUGUGGUUUCUAACCCUUACUUGCACUAGGGUUUCUAACUUUAACUUGUGUUAGGGCUUCUAACCCCGACUUGCGAUAGGUUAUCCAACCUCAACAUUUGUUGGGUUCUUUAUCCCCAAUUUUCGGUUUCUAAGGCCGAAUUGCGCUGGGGUUUCAUGUUGGGCUAGGGCUUCUAAUCCUGAUUUUUGUUAGAGUUUCUAACCCCGACUUGCGCUGGGGUUUUCAACAAAGACUUAGAUUAAAAUAAUCGACUUCUAAGUCAUUUUACUCGCAGGAUUGUCGCCUUUUCAACUGGUGACCAUAAAUAUGUUACUAGUAGAAAUACAUAUAUUAAUGCUUCUGCGGAUGCGYACUAGGAAAUACUUGAACAAGCCUUGUCCCAAUCUCGUACUCAGAGCCCAUGCAGGGCCCGGUUGUGCAAAACCCCGAUUAGCGCUAAACCUGGAUUAUAUCGCCUAAUCGAAGUUUAAAUUUUAAUCUAGGAUUAGAUUGCGUAUUCAAAGCACGAUUAGCGCUAACCUAGGGUUAAAGAGUGGGUUAAAUUUAAACCAACUYGCGAGGUGGUUUUUAUCGCUAAACUGAAAUUAAAAUAAAGAUUAUGAAAAC